AUGCCGAAAAAAUCUUCGACAGCGAUCACAGAAAUAUCCGGAUAUACAGUUCUUCCCAUAAAACUACCUCCGGCACUGCCCUCAUUCCCCGAACCGGCCACACAUUAUGUUUACCUACGACCACAUGAACCUCGUAUCCCCGACCCAGACGCGGCGCGGUCAUUGUUCCUAGUGAAUGUGCCUAUAGACACGACGGAAUUGCACUUGAGGCAUUUGUUUUCGAGUCAAUUAUCGGCGGGGCGAGUUGAGAGAGUUCAAUUCGAAGGCGUAUUUCGAUCGAGUACUAGCAAUACUACCGCUACAACGGCAGUGAUCAAAGCAGAUACUUCAGAAACACAGCAAGGCAAAAAACGCAAACGACAAGACGUUAUAACCUCCGCAGAGUUGGAAACACAAUUGCGAAGUGCAGGGUUCCCGUCAACAUGGGAUCGCGAGUUACAUCCCAGCGGGUCGCAUGCGAUUGUCACUUUUGUCGAUCGGCCGGCUAUGGAAGCUAGUCUCAAAGCCGUACGGAAAUAUGCAGCAAAGGAAAAGAAGAGUCCUGUUAUUUGGGGCGAAGGGAUUGAAGACAGAAUUGCUACGCUGGGGACGACACGAUACCGAAAACAUGUCGCCAAAUUGCGCUAUCCUCCUGCCGAUGAGUUGUUGAGUAUUGUGAAUAAUUACAUGUCGCUAUACACCCAGUGGGAAGAAACUUGUGCUGCGGAAGCGUCUCGUCGCGCCGCAGAGCCAGAUGAAGAUGGUUUUAUCACUGUAACGAGGGGCCCUCGAUUCACGGAUGUUGCGCGGGAAGAGGAGGUGAAAGAACUGGUUGAGAAGCAGCGGAAGAGGGAAGAAGGCUUGGGCGACUUCUAUAGAUUCCAGACGAGAGAGAAACGAAAAGAAAGGCAGAAUGAAUUGUUGAGGAAGUUUGAUGAGGAUAAGAGGAAGAUUGAGAAGUUGAAGAAGAGUCGAGGGAGGAUUAUGCCCGAGGGAAUGUAG